AAUAUGGUGAGAAGGAUAUAAUAAAUAUAAAAUGGUGGUGGGAGAAAACAUGCCAAACAUUAGCCCAAGAGAAAAAGAGGGCAGAAAAAAAGAGGGAAACCUGUACUUUCUUACAGCACCCAUACACUGCCACAGGUAAAGGGUCCUGAGGAGGAUAUCACAGGAGUCGUUUCCUGAGCUGAAUCAGCCCCCUCCUGUGCAUCUGGUGUGCUGCUUCUUUGAUGAUGAUGGUGCUGGUUGGUGCUGAGUCACAAAAGGACCCAGACAAUGCAAUCAAGGAUGGAGUAGUGCCAAUGUCGGGGGAGCAAGGACUGUAGGCUCAUCUAUGGGGGGGUCUCACAGCAAACAUGAAGAUGUGGGAGGAGCAGCUCAUGUUCAUAAAAAUAUAGAUGGUAGCAAGGUCAAAGAACCCAAGCCCAGCUUCCAAGAACAGAGCCAGCAUAUGUAUGGAAACAUUCAACCUUCAACAUCGGGUAAACCAACAAAGAAGCCUGUGCCAUAUCCUAUGCAAGUAGAAGUAUCUACUGAUAAACUUGCCAAGAAGAAAAGGCUUAUUCCUAAGAUCAUUGUGACCGGGCCCUCGGAGGAAGUGCUGUUGAACAGUUAUACUGAUGAAAUCCCCGAAACAAAAACCAUCCGGGACACUGAAGACUUUGGCGCGUAUAGUGUGCACACGAAGCCCAGCACUGUAGACGCUUAUAGAACCAGCAGAGAUCAGUGAGUGCACAGUGGAGAGUCAACAGCACUCAGUGUGAUGGAUACCACCUAGGGAAGCUAGCAGCCCAGUCCUGGAUCCCCCUCUCAAUAAAUGGGUAUCCCACCACAAUGAAUCCUUUCAUGGUUUCACUUUCCCCACCUCCCACAUUUGGAGGUGGAGGAAGAGGAGGAGGAGGAGGAGGAGGAAGGGCAAAGCUUAGCCAAAUAUAAAUGAGGUUGAUGAUGGAUUGUCAGGGAAGAGUUAGAGUUAGAAGAUUCCAGUUUCCCAGAGGGAGAAAGCAUUCCCCAAGGGGGGGAGGAGAGCAUUCCGGAAUUGCAGAGAGAAUUUCAUAGAAAAUAUCCCCACAAGCCAAAACCCCAUAACUGGCAUCUUCAAGAAAUUUUUGAAGAGACAGAUAGCGAGGAAGAGGAAUUCAUAGGGUUCGGUCCUUCAGAAACAGAGGAGAACGAGGAGGAGGAAGGGGGGCUUAGGGG